UCAGGGCCGCCUGACCCCACAGCAUUCUCACUGUAUCAGCGACUCUCACCUUCCACUGAGCCCCACACCAGCUGUUCUCCCACCAGCCAGCUGUUCACCUGCUGCCAGAUCUGCUCCACCCUCUGUGACACACUUCAGUUGUUGGCAUCCGGGGCUGGGUGGACCCAGAAGAGAAGCGUGUCUGGCUUUGAAUCUGCAGAGAACUCAGAUGAUUCAUGAAGGCAGAUGAAGACGAUGUGGUCCUUGGAACCCAGAGCCCUAGUCCUAGUCCAGCUGUCACUAAAGUACCUGCUCCUGGAGGCGUUGUUGUGCACCUGUGCGGGAACCCAUACUCUACACUAUGACCUCAUGGCCUUGUCUCAGGAGGGGUCAAGGGAGUUCGAAUUCAGGGCCCAGGGAUACAUUGACAAUGUGCUCUUCCUGCGCUAUGAUGGCUACAGGAGAAGAGCAGAGCCCUGGGGGCCUAGGAUCAAGAGACAAGGAGGAGAUGAGAUCUGGACAAGAGAGACUGAGGACUUGCAGGAGAAGGAGGAGCAACUCGUGAGGAUGCUGACUGAGGUCAUGACCCAGAAGGGCCAGCAUGGAGGCAUUCACACCCUUCAGGCAACUUUUGGCUGUGAAACCCAAGGAAACAACACUGGAGGCUUCUGGCGCUUGGGCUAUGAUGGGCAAGACUUCCUCACCUUUGACCAGAAGAUCCCAACAUGGAAAGUGGUCGUGCCUUCAGCACACUCAUCCAAGACAUUCUGGGAGGAACAUGUCCCCAGUGUGGAUCAAAUUAAGACUUUUCUGAAUGACAUAUGUCCUGAUCAUCUCCAGAGACAUUUGAUUUAUUUGGAGAACCAGUUGAUGGAUACAGGUCCCCCGAAGGUGACAGUGUCCAGAAGGCCAUACCCAGUGGGCAGGAUCACCCUGACGUGCCGGGCUUUUAAUUUGUAUCCUCGUGAGGCCACCCUGGCCUGGCUUCAGGAUGGGAAGCCGGCACAGCAGUAUUCCUUUGGCCCUGGGACCAUCCUUCCCAGUGGGGAUGGGACCUUCCAGACCUGGGUGUCUAUUUGGGUUCCUCCUGGACAGGAACCACACUUUACCUGUCGCCUGAGGCACCGAAGCCAAAACAUCGAUGUCCCUACACUCCUUGGACCUCAAGCCAGGAAAACUGGUAAAGCCACCAGCUCAGCUUCUGCUCUUACAGCUUCUGCUUUUCCUGCCAUGUUGGUAUUUCUAGCCAGUGCCUAGAGCAGCAAGAACACACAGGACAGCAAGAGACCAGCCUUUCUUAUGGCUCCUGUGCAGCUUGAUGAGACACCAUGUGAUUUUGAGCAAUGAAUUCUCUGGGAACUACAACAGGAUCUUUCUACAAAAAGGAAGGUUUUUAGAUCAUAUCUCAACUAACAGUUCUGCAGUACUCACUGAUAUAACUUCUGCAGCUGCUUCCACCGUGGCCCUGACCCAGCAAGUACACACUGCCCAUUUUGUUGAUCAGCUUGCUUUAAUACUUCUGUGGCUUUGGCAGCACAAGAAUGUAUAGACACAUACAUAAAAGCUUCAUUGCACACUUUAGAAACUGUGGUAUUGCACCUAGGAGAUACAGUACAAGCAACAUCAUGGUGGCACACACCUUUAAUCCAGGAUUUGAGAUCUUAUGUCUAGCUUGGGAAAGACACAUGCCUUUAAUCCCAGGAAGUGAUGGCAGGAAACAGAACGGUAUAAAAGGCGUGAAGACUAGGAACUAGAGGCUUUUAAGCUUUUAGGCUUUCAGCAGUAGUUCAGCUGAGAUCCAUUCGGGUGAGGACUCAGAGGCUUCCAGUUUGAGGAAACAGGAUCGGCUGAGGAGUUGGCCAGGUGAGAUUAGCUGUGGCUUGUGUUCUGUCUCUCUGAUCUUCCAGCAUUCACCCCAAAACCUGGCCCUGGGUUUGAUUUUAUUAAUAAGACAUUUUAAGAUUCGUGUUAUACCUGUCGCCCACGUUCAAGGUCCGAAUUUGAGAAAAAGCCGCUUACCUGUGGCCUUACAUUCCCCAGCCCAGGCCCAAGCUGCAUGCAGCCAAUUGUGGUGGUGCACACUGGUAGGAUUUGCUGAAGGAGGCAGAGGCAGGAGGAUCCCCAGUUUGAGGCCAGCCUAGGAGACUUGCUGAGGAGAAGCUGCAGCUGAGGCCGGGCUGGGCCACCAACAGUGGCAACUGGACCAUGGAGUCGGCUCUGCAUUGCUGGCUGCUUCUCAUAGUGUUGGUGGCUAUGGUGCUGCUUCUACCAGGGACCAAGGAUUUACUGCUGCUUGUUCAGAGAACAGUUGCCAGGACCAUCUUAUUACAAGAAAGCAUCAGCAAAGGUCAGUUUGGAGAAGUUUGACAAGGCAGGUGGUGGGGAGAAGUUGCGGUGAAGAUGUUCUCUUCUAGGGAAGAAUGUUUAUGGUUCCAAGAGGCAGACAUUUAUCAGACUGUGAUGUUAUGCCAUGGAAACACCCUAGGAUUUAUAGCAGCAGACAACAGAGACAAUGGCACAUGGACUCGGCUGUGGCUGGUGUCCGAUUACCAUGAGCAUGGAUCCCUUUUUGAUGACUUGAGUAGAUACCCUGUUACAGUGGAAGAAAUGAUCGCACUCACUCUGUCCAUGGCAAGCGGUCCCAUGGAGAUUGUUGGUGCCCAAGGAAGGCCAGCCAUUGCUCACAGAGAUUUGAAAUCAAAGCAUGUCUUGGUGAGAAAGAAUGGAACCUGUUGUAUUGCAAACUUGGGACUGGCUGUGAGACACAAUUCUGGCACAGAUACAAUUAAGAUUGCUCCAAACCACAGAGGAGGCACACACACACACACACACACACACACACACACACACACACAAAUUCUGCAGCAAACCAUGACCAUGCCUAACAGCAAAUUUGAAAUCUCCAAAAAGAUGACAAUUCCACAUGGCCUAUGAUAAAGCCAUUAAGCUGAUUAAUAACACCCAAAGAUUGGCUUUGGACUACAAACUGCCCAGGACAAUUUCAAGAUGGCUAGCUGAGAUGAUCCAGAUUCACAGACUACUUUAGCAAGGACUUAAGACAAGCCCUGCACUUUCCCAUUAUGCAGAGACUGGACAAAUGAUACAGCUAACUCUCCCAAGGCUUGACAAUUAACCCAAAAUUUUUCUUUUCAGGAUCCCCUAAAGAUGCCUUCACCCCCAAACAGCAAAAAGGAAUUUUAAGAACAAGAUGCCCACAUUCCCAAGAAGUGGGGUGGGUGUUUUUUGAUUGUUUCAUGAGUUAUGGAUAUUGUCAUUGUUUACGAUGGUUUGUUGCAAGUUGUUAAUUGUUAACGGUCAGGAAAAAAAAACCUAAACAAAGGAGAUUAGACACGGGCUUCUUGUUUAAAAAAGAAAAAGAAAAAGAGAAAGAAAGAUAUAAAAAAAGGUAGACUACUGAAUUUACUCUGAAAAGAAAAAAGGGAAGAAGAUAUAGAAAUGAUAAGAUAAAAGGUGGAUUUUUGAAACUACUCAGAAUAAAAGAGAGAAUAUGUAUAUGAUAAGAUAUAAUGGUAGAUUAUUGAAUCUACUUUUAAAAAGGAACUACUUGUUUUAAAUAGGCUAAGUAAUGAAAUAUUUUGUCUGAAUUUGUCAAAUGUUAAUGGACUGGACAUUGUUAAUAUAUAGAAUGGAGUGUUUUGUCUGAAUCUGUCAAAUGUUAAUGGGCUGGACAUUGUUAAUUUAAUUUUUUUAGGGUUUACUGACUUUAUUGGUUCAACAAUAAACAACGAAGAAAAACAUUAGUUAUUACUCCCAGGGCAUUAUCCAUAGUCUCAAAAACAAUCCUUCGAAUGCUUAAUGUAGUUCUUGAUGGUAUAUAUUGCAUAUACUUAUUGUAUAUAAUUUAUCUUAUAUUAGUUAUAACUUUUUUAAACAAAAAGGGGAAAUGUGGUUGAUAUACUGUGCACCCCAAUAAACUUAUCUGGCGGUCAAAGAACAGAACAGCCACUAGACAGACAUAGAGGCCAGAAAAUGGUGGCACACACACCUUUAAUCCUAGUAUUCUGGAGGCAGAGAUCCAUCUGGAUCUCUGUGACUUCAAGGCCACAUUGAAAAUAGAGCCAGGCAUGGUGGCACAUGCCUUUAAUCCCAGGAAGUGAUGGCAGGAAGCAGAAAGGUAUAUAAGGUGUGAAGACCAGGAACUAGAGGCUUUUAAGCUUUUAGGCUUUCAGCAGUGGUUCAGUUGGGAUCCAUUCAGGUGAGGACUCAAGAGGCUUCCAGUUUGAGGAAACAGGAUCGGCUGAGAAGUUGGCGAGGUGAGGUUAGCUGUGGCUUGUGUUCUGUCUCUCUGAUGUUCCAGCAUUCACCCCAAAACCUGGCCCUUGGGUUUGUUUUAAUUAAUAAGACCUUUUAGGAUUCAUGUUACACAGUAUAACAUCAGUUUACAGUGCCCUGCUGGCUUUACAUAUAUGUUUUACCCCUUUAACCUAUAAUGA